GAAGAACAACGUAUUCAUGACUUCGGGCCUAUUAGAAGAGUGCAUUGAUAUGAAAGCAGCAGAACAAGGUCUUUCAACAAGCCCCAGACAAAGAGACAUUUUAAGGCCUGCUGUAUUGCAACUGCCCCAAGCGGCUACAUGCAGAAUGGAAAAGAAGAGAACUGCUGAAACUCUUGUAGGGGAGAACCAUGAAGCAGACAAUGAGAUGUCUGAAGAUACUUAUUCAUGUACUGAUAUCUCCAAAAAGCCUCCUCUCCCACUUCAGAUUUCAAGCUCUAGCACAACCCACAACCCAUUACCCAAAGACAGAACUUUCUCAGACAGUGAGCAUUCUAACUUUGUGUUUGGAGAAAAUAUAGAAGAGCGAGCUUUGAAGCCUGAGAAAUCCCCAGAGCUGCAGUCCAAAGAUGGGCAGCAUAUCAGUGAAAAAGAACUCCUCUGUGCCCCAGAUUUCCAUACUAUUUCCUCACGGGCAACACCACUUUUUGCUAAGGGUUCCACGCUAGCAGAAUCAGCUGCUGCUUACCUAUCUAGCAAAACAGCACAAAGCUAUUUAUUGGAGAAAAUAGAAAUUACAACAGGAGAAGAAGCAGAACACAACGUAUUGCAGAUAAACUGCAGGCUUUUUUUGUUUAAUAAAGCAUUAUUGUCCUGGACUGAAAGAGGCAGUGGCUCUUUGAGACUUAAUGAUACCUCCAGCAAUCAGCAUGGAAUGCUGCAGUCAAGACUGGUCAUGCGAAAUCAAGGAAGCAUGAGGCUUAUUCUUAACACCAAGCUGUGGACUCAGAUGGUUAUAGAAAGACCAAACCGGAAGAGCAUGUGCAUCACAGCAACAGACCUGGAGGAUGGUUCUGUCAAAGUUUUCCUGAUACAAGCCAGCACAAAGGACACUGAUUCAAUCUAUGCAGCCAUCCAUCACCGUCUUGUUGCUCUGAGAAACUUUACGAAGCAGGAAUGCGGUGUAAAUCAAGUAGAAUACAAGCUAGAUGUUCAGCCAGUAUCCUGUGACAGCGAUGAUGAAGAGAAUGAAAAAAGAGCUCCAGGGAGCAAUAACAGAUCAGUGAAGCUGUCUUAUGGACAAUGUGACCAUCAAUCAAGCUGCCACACUGGGGACUUCCAGGGAUGAAUGGCGGACUGAAGAUGGCUCUGCACAAAGCAGAACUGAUGAUUGUGGCUAAGAACAAGGAACUAACAAGUAGAUUGGCUUCUUUGACCCUCUCUGGACAAAGAGAAGACGCAAGAUCGCCCAAGCUGCACUCCAUACAGUUGCUUCUCAAGAGGAGUCGGCAAGGCAGAGGUCUCUGGAGGGUGGGAGAACCAGGAGACGAGGGAAUGUGUCAUACUUGCUCCAGCCUAUGUUUGCACUUCCUUUGCUAACCACCUUCAGAAAUUCCCUAUUAACCACUUUAAAGAAGUUAGACACCUUCAAAAUGACAAGGUUGGAAACACCGGGUGAGUGUCUUCAAUCCUUAAUAUAAGGAAAUGAAACUGCACCUUUGUACGUUUUAAAAAUUCAAAACACACAGCAAAAAGCAAGACAAGGUUUUGGCUACAGGAAGUUUUAAACAGAUUAAGGGCUCAGAAAAGAGAAUAUUUGAAUUGGGAUAUUAAGACUUUGAAAUUUAUUUUAAAGAAUAAAUGUAUUUUUGUGGGAAAGAAAAAUUAUCUUCGACAUUGGAGACAUAACAAGAUAAGCAACUUAUAAUAGCAUGCAGAGAUAUUGUUGAGGAAUGGCAAUGGGACUUUGAAUCAAUAGUGUCAGAUAUGUUGUGUGUUUUUAUGAACAUCCUGUUCCCAGAAGGAGCUGUUCUACCAGAAGAAAUUGUUACAGAAAAAGAUUUGGAAUUAAACUUCAGGUAAGAUU